ACAUCGCAACGCGAUGAAAUAUGAUGACGUUUGCGUACGCAGCCAAAACAUUGUUUUGGUUUGCGCAGCGGCGUGACUUCAGAGAGAAUCAAAACACGUGAAAUCGGAACCGGAUCGGAACGUUUUAGUGCGUUAGAAAAGAUGCCCGAAGCGAUGGAACGGUUGCCGGAAAAGCCUCGAAUCUACUUGGAAGAGUACAAGCUGAAGCAGGACGCGAACGAUUAUGGGCUAGCGGACGAUUUCUGGGACUUUGAGCGGUUCAAGAGGCAGCUGCAGAUUGUGGUCGUGCGAUACGAGGAAAACGAGCUGGAAUUCGACAUGAUCGGAGUGAGUCCGGCGAUUGCGAACGCGUUCCGGCGGUUGAUGCUGAGCGAGGUGCCGAGUAUGGCCAUCGAGAAGGUGCACAUCUACAACAACACUUCGAUCAUCCAGGACGAGGUGCUCGCGCACCGGCUUGGGUUGAUUCCGUUGAAGGCGGAUCCGCGCCUGUUUGAGUAUAAAACCAACGAGGGCGAUGCGGCCAACGCGCAGGACACGCUGGAGUUUGAGCUGAAGGUCAAGUGCACCAAGAAGAACAAAGACUCGACCGAGGUGACCAACAACGACAGCAUGUACAAGAACCACAGCAUCUAUUCCGGCCAGAUCAAGUGGGUUCCGGUGGGCAACCAGGCGUCCAUCUACAAGGAAGCCGACGUGGGACCGAUCGACGACGACAUCCUGAUCAGUCGAAUGAGACCGGGCCACGAGUUCGACAUCAAACUGUUCGCCGUGAAGGGAGUCGGCAAGGAUCACGCCAAGUUCUCGCCGGUGGCCACCGCUUCGUACCGGCUGCUGCCGGAGAUCCACCUGAAGCGACCGGUCGUCGGAAACUAAGCGCUGCUGCUGCAAAAGUGCUUUUCGCCUGGGGUGAUCGAAAUCGACAAGGACGACCAAGCGUACGUGAAGGACGCCCGGUACGACAGCUGCAGCCGGAACGUGUACCGGUAUCCGCAGCUGGCGGACAGUGUCACGAUGAGUCGUGUCCGGAACCACUUUAUCUUCAACGUGGAGUCGCUCGGGGCGCUCAAACCGGACGUGAUCUUCGUCGAAGCCGCAAAAGUGCUCAAGAAGAAGUGCAAGAUGUUUUUGGAUGAAAUUAAAGGAAACUAAAGUGUUGCUUUGAAAUAAA